CCACGACUGGCAAGGGGGGAGCUGGCACGUACUCCAGUGGUAAAGGCAGCAGCCUCCAUGAUCAAUAUGGAAGUUCAUCUGCAGGUGCGAGUGGAAAACAGGGAAAAUUAUCUUACAAUACUUCUACUUCUAAGAGCAGCAGUUACAACAACAACAAUAGUAGCGCUCAACAUCAUGCCGGAUCAAGUGCAGCAGGGAGGCAACAAGGUGGAGCGCAAAACCAUGGAGGAGCGCAAAACCAUGGAGGAGGGGGUGGUAACGGAAGCCACUCCGACUCGUAUAUUAGCAAUAAGGAGCACCCUACAUCAUCUGGUUACCCUAACCCAUCACCCGGUUACAACUCAUCUGGAGGCUACAACACAUCAUCAUCUUCACAUGAGAAAAACGAUUCUCUACCAGCAGCUUCGUACGGCAGAAAGGGAGACAAGGGACGACACCAGAGCAGUUCCGGAGGCUGGAACGGCAAGCAAAGUGGAUGCAAGCAAACAUCUGAGAACACCGGUUCCGCCUAUACUAAGGGCAACGGUCAUCAUCCCAUGAUCGCUUCAUCAGGGUCAUCGAUGCAGAACCACGGAGGAUCUGGGGUCUACAACACUCAACAUCUUCGAUCUGGCACUAGUGGCAUUAAGGGUUCUUUCCAUGUUGCAUUUAUUUCUCUCCUAUCUUCAUUCGUGACUUGUUUCCCAAGAGGAAAGAAGCGCAGGAUCAUGUUUGGUGAUGUUCUGAAAAGUGGAGUAGUAAGGAGCGCUUCUACCAGCACUAACUAGAGCAUGCCUGUCCCACACAACCAGUCGAAGAUGAGUAAAGGAGCAACAUCCAGCGGAUCCUACAAUGAUUCCUGUGAGUACAACAGCAACGACCACAACAACUACAAAUACAAUAGCACUACUUUAGGGGUUCUCACAUUACAUCCUUCACUAACAUGACCCCUGACUCUUUUUCCACUAUCAGAGGCAGAAGGAAGUCAGGGAUAAAUUUAUGUUUUGAGGAAUGCAAUGUCGGAACCUCUAGUCACCAGCACUUCCGCAGGUCACCACCAAGGGCAACAAACGCACCACCAGACAGGCGGGGGUGGGUCCUCCAAGCAUCAAAGAGAACAAAGACGCGAUCAUCGUGCGCCUAGCAAGUCUUCGUACGAUAAUUAUUCCUCUGGAUCAGCAAGUGAAGGAGGGCCAGUGAGAGCCAGAACGGCGGCUUCCAACCACGAUCAUUACUACAACAACAGUAGUACUACACGAAGAGCAGGGGAAGGACCAGCCGGAGGAACUACAACAUUAGGGGUCUAAGUACUAGACCUAGACUUCUGGUGUUUCUGUUCUUACUGUAAAUUUUACAGUUCGUAGUUGCGCCUCUCUUUCUGUUACCGUUACUUGUAAGGGAGAACAGGGGCUGCAUAAGCAACAUUGCUAACGGGGUACACUAGCAGUUGUAACACCAAAAUCGUCCUCUAACUACAGCCGCGUGGCCUGAGUCGUGGGUGCAGUCGGCGUCGUCAACGGGCGCAGCUCCUUACCACAACUCCUCGACAAAUGCAUCUCGAGGAGGUAAUAAGUAUCAAUCACAUCACCAGAACCAUGGCACUUCUUGUGGCCCUGGGACUGGUGUUGACAGUGACCACCACUACAACUAUCGUCCUGGUGCCUAUGGUGAUGGCGCGCCUGGGUUAAGUAGCAACCGAAACUUUUCGUCGUCUCGUGGAGGAGGUACUAGUGGAGGGUAUAACAACGACUACAAAAAAAUAAACGACUUUCAUGAUGUUGACGGAUACGACACGUAUGACAAGUAUCACGACAAGUAUCACUACAAGUAUCAUGAUACUCACCACAACGCAUCAUCAAGCCAUGACACUUUUGCGGACCAGAGUGGUGCAGGUCACAAUUCUGGACCACGUUAUAGGAGUAGCGAUCAUCGCGGAAGCCGUCAAGAUAUGGUUAUGGCAAUGGGUUUACAUGCAGGGAAGAGAGAAAAACUUCGCGUAUCAAUACAUCAAGAGGCCAAAUUCCAGCAGACUAUCUCUUUUAAAGCAUAGAAACUAAACAAAAAGCAACAAAUUGAAAAAGCAACCUAGUUCCUAGUCCAUCCCAUCCAUUCCAUUGUCUAAACUCUGCUAUUUCGUAAGCAAGGGAAUAGAAAAGUACCGCACAGAGAUGCGUACUAGCAUACCUGCACGAGCCGGCUUCGAUGAGACGCAGCUUCCACCAAAUGGUCGCUAUUCGCUUCAGAAGCCUAUGCCCAGAGGUGCAAAGGGAAAAAUACGACAGCAACAAAAGUACCUAAAACAGCUGAAUUCUACCUGAUGGUGUCUUCAAAAUGAAGCGUACCACUACGACUACCACUAGCACUAGCAUGUUUCAAUGAACAAAAACAAUUUGGACUACUUAAAAAACCAAACCUCCUUGUGGCAGGCUAAGAAGCCUAAGUCCUCACUGUUUUUCACUUACAACAGACGCUAGGUGUUUUGUUUUUUUGUGGAUGUUGUUUGAUCCUCACUUACAACAGGCGCUACGUGUGUUGUUUUUACGUGGAUAUUGAUCCCGAAGAUAGCUUCGUUGUGGUCAAACGCAUUCUGGGAAAGCAUGGGAACAACAUGCGGCGCGUUGCCGUUCACUGCGAGUCAAAGAUUCGGCUUCGCGGACGUGGCAGCGGUUUUCUAGAGGGUCCAGAUCGAAAAGAAUCAGACGAUCCACUGCAACUGCACGUCAGCUGUGUGGAGUAUUUUUUACCUUCCAACAUGAUGUGAACAUUGAUUCAUCGUAGGAUCAUGUUCAUCUUAACAAUAAUGGGCAGCAGCAGCAGCUGCCUCUGCAGCAUUGUCUCCUCUUCAAUAUUCCUCUUUUCUCAAUCCUCCGCUUCCCACGACCACACCAGCAACUACGAGAAUUAUCGUCGAGCGAUUGAGAUGAUCACGCGAUUGUUAGAAGAUAUCUACAGCCACUAUCGGCGUUUCUGUCGCCAAAUGGGACGUGAAGAGGCGACUCAUCUCCGUGUAAACUUCGAAGAAGUUCGUAGGGAUGACUUGAUGUUUAAUCUUCUUCCAAAGAUGGCCCAUCGCGGUAAAGAUGGAAAUGAACCUUAUGCAUGAGGAGCAGGGUGAUGCACGAGUCUGAUUUCUGAAACUGCAAAAUUGUGGUGAAUCUAGUUCUACAAAUUCAGUUUUAGCUUUCUUCAUAUGUGAGACGUCUGAUUCUGGGUGGUGUGCAAUCUCCUCAAUCUCUAACGUCCGGGCUAUGCGGGUCUGAGCGGUGACGAUGUGGAGCGUUCAGCAUGCGAGAUCCUUCCAGCAUACGGGGCAGGCCUAUAUCCAGAAUCUGAGUCACGACUCCAAAGCCCCCGAGGACAUGGGGAAGACGUAGACGGAUUAGAGAUUACGGCUCCUCUUUACAUUCUCGACACACAUUAUUUUUCUAUGUAGCAUCUGUUUUCAUUGUUUCACAACCUAACCUAACCUAACCUAACCGACCCUAACCUAACUUAACCUAGCCUAGCCUUGUUUCAGUUUUCAACUGCUUGGCUUCUGAGAGUCCACACUGGGCUUAUCUGCUCCUGUGUCAGGUUUCUGCUUGGGUUCUCAGAUGAUGAUACUUACAAAAGACAAGAAGUGGAGCUGGAGUUAAUCUUCUAAGAACGACCUACUAGACGAAUUCGAAGACAGUCUAGACCGGCAAGAUGGUGAGUUUGGUGGUGACAAGAAAUACGACAAGGUGGAAGGCGAAGAGAGGCGAGAACAACGCGAUGUACUUUUAGAGCUGGAAGAGCACGAGCACGAUGCUGAUGUGGAAAACCUUUCCGAAGAUAACAUUUCUGAAGAAGGAGCAGCUCCUGCGUCAUUCAUUAAGGCUACCGCUUGCGCAUCCUCAGAAUCAUCGAUCCCUGGCUCUUUUUCUACUACUUGAAAAUAAGAGGAAGAUAGGGACUUUGUAGCUCUAAACUCAAGGUCAACGCCACCUCGACUGCGAAUGAGAACGCUGAUUUCGAAAACAAAGUAGAGGAACUCGUAGUUGAAGAUGGUCAUGAAGUUGCAGAAUUAUGGGUAGGCCAAAGGCGUUCACGUUACCGCUUGUUUUGCCGUUCUUAAGGGAGAGAGGCAGAACAAACGGGGGACGCGAACACCAAAAGCCUACCUCUAAUGGAAGGCGGUUCUCAUGUUCAUGCUGAGAUGACGAAGAAGGACUUGGCAAACAAAACAGAGAAGAACAUCAAGGUGGAAAAGGACACUCUUUCUACUUAUACUUAAGACUGCUCCUCCCAAUCAAUCUGAUCUAUCUUAAGAUGAAAAGCAAUAGUCAUCCUAAAAUAACGAGAGGCUUUGGUUUCAACUUCAAGGGAAACAAGAGGGGUCCUGCAGCAGGAUGAGGAUGUACAACUAUCUUAAGAUAGAGGGAGAGGGAGCUUAGGGCGAAAGCGAACUCUAACUUUGCGAGGACGCAGCUGUGGGCAAGAGUGGCAGCCCAGACACUACCAAGAAAGGUGCCAGUCGAGAACCUAGCCGAGAUGUUAUUAAGGAUAGGUAGUUUCAGCUUUAGGUGUUCCUCUUCCUGUUGCUACACCAAAUAAAGCCUGGAAGCAGGCAGAACGAUAACGCGUCGGGCUAAGGUAACUUCUACGCCAGGCUUAGCCUGCUGUACCGCUAAGAUUAUACGGGGCGACCGUGAAGAAGCUGGCGCAGCAUCGGCACCAGGUGGGAGCAAUGUUCUGAGAGGCAAGAAGGGGCCACCUGAGCCACCGCGUCCUCUUCCUAAAGGAAGGACGAACAAGGCACUUAAACUCAUUUACCUUCACUGGCCCGAGGACAUCAAACCAAACAACUAGGACAACUUAAACCUGUCACUUAUACCUUACUUUAUAAAUCUUUACCUUUUAUGGCCAGGUUAGAGGUACCAACAACCCAUCUUUUAGAACAUCUUUUGCCUAUUCCAAAAAGGAACUGGCUAAAAGAUGGCGUAAAAGAUGGGUUGACGGUACCCAUAACCAGGAGUAGAUUCUUCUUAAUUCUUGUUGCACCGGGUAAAAAUUUGUAGUCUGAUUAACUCUCGUGUUUUCUCGCACUGGUCUCUCCCGUAAUGUAAAGUGAUAAUUUUCAACAAAAUGCUUAGUGUGUGUCGCAGAAGAUGCACGCACAACCGUGUACUAAAUAAUCUCCCAUCCACCUCUAUCAUCUCGUACAACAGGCCACGACGCCCCCAGAAUCGGAGCUGACGGCAUUUCAAUAG